GCUCACCCGUUCUUUUUUUGGAAGAGAAAAUUAAUGCUUGCGAUCGAAAAGACUUGCUGUAUGAUCUGGAUCGUCAUUGUAUCUGUUCCUGUUGUUAAAGUUUGAGCUUGUAUUCUUAGUUUUGUUCUUUUUUUUUGUAAAAUAGGUUUUGUCAGAAGACAUACUUCGAAAUUGAUUUGGUUCGCGUCCUUGUUACCCUGGUUUAUCAAUCUGCGUAAAGACUCCUCCUCCCACAGGUGACAGGAUUUUCUUAGACAACGACCCAAACUACAAAAUAAAAGUUUUCAUGUAAUAUUAGAAAUUGAAAUUGAUACAGAAUCUAGCAGUUUCACCGAGAGAGGUUCGACGAGAGUUGCUCCAUCAAAACAGACACAGUCCGCAAUUUUUUUUUCGGCAUCGUAACGGCACCCAUUUCAUCAUUGAUCGGGCAGAAGAUAGUAAAAGGAAUUUGUUCUGAUUCGUGUGACCACUACAAGCAACCAUAAGCCAAGCAAGUACUUCCCUCGCAACAGUACCAAUACAAAUGGCGGAAGCGGAACGCGGAGCUUUUGGGGGCUUCAAGCCCGACGUCCGGAACCCGGACCAGUUUGGGUGGAAGACCUACGAGGUUUCGGAGCUGGUGGACGGCCGGGGGGUCCAAGCCCACGCGUACACCGAGCGCACCGUGCUCAAGUACAUGAGCGAGCAGCAAGACUUGAAACCCUUCAUCGCCCGGCUGGCGUCCGCCCAGAUUGUGACGGCGGCCAGUAGCAGCUCUUCUAAGAAUCGCGGGGGCCGCGUGGGGGCUACUUCCAGUUCCUCCUCCUCCGCCGGCGCAAGGACCAACAGUGCGGCCUCCAGCGCAGCCACGCGAGCCAGCACCCCCCGAGGGAAGCAGCCGGUGCUGGUGGGAGACGAUUCCAACUCUGGAAUCUCGCUGGGAACGAAGCUACAGCUACGCCUUGAGCGGGUGCACGGAGGGUCUCUGCACGACGCGCUGAACAAGCGCCAGAUCACGGUAUUGAUACAUUGGUUUUGAUGUUUGGAACAAGUAUUUUUUGAAAGAGAAAGCUAGCUACUGAACACGAAAGCCGCUUUGUUAACAAGUACAUCUGGCUGCGCUUCUAGUCGUAUCUAGCGUAUUGAUGUAGUUGCAUGCGCCUUUGGUCAUCAUUCAAGUGCAUAGCCGGGGAUAUGCGCGUCUGCGUGAAAUAAAAUUAGGAGAGCUGGAGGCUUACAGAUAAGAAACACAAUUUGAAAUUUUUUAGGUGAGAGAGGCGAUGAGGUGGAGCUGCAAGCUGAUCCAAGCACUUUCGCUCCUGCACGAAAAGUACGAGAUUUCCCAUGGAGAUUUGAAGCCGGACAACAUCAUGAUUGACAAGAAGACCAAGACGCCGUUUUUGAUCGACUGGGGUGCUGCGCGGUGGGGCGACAACACGAGAAAAGUGACGGUUGCCGCCGGGAACGUCUCCUGCGCCAGUCCAGAGUUGUUGAAGUGCGUCUCCAGAAGAACGCAGUACAACAGCAUCAAAAACGACCAGUUCUCGCUCGGUAUGUUUGAUCGCUUUUUGUUUUUCAGAAGGAAUAAUAUCUCGAAGCAUGGCUUUGUACUAACUUGUAGGUUCAUCUCGUUUCAGUUCCGUUCUUCAACCUUGUGAUUGAUGUGCGGUUUUUUAUCUUCAUUUUGAAUGCUUUGCGCUUUCACCUUCGACAGGUAUGAUCCUUGCCUUGAUCUGGACGAAUGUGCACAGCCAAAGGAGCAUGUGCACCGCGCUCUCAUCGGAGUGGGACCAAAAUUGUGAGCAUAUUCCGCAUAGCAAGCUGUGGGAGGCGCAGAACCACCUCAUCGCGGAACUGGAAGAGGCCGACUUGUAUCUUAAUCUUACGUGAAUGAUGAUAGUGCGUCUUGCUGUGUUUUUGAGUAGUCAUGAUAGAUUUCGAGUUAGCCCCCGAAAGUACUUCAUCUGCUCUAUUCAAUUUAGAAGAUUGCUGGCAGGAAAAUCUGAAUUCUAUCACAGCCCCCAUCUAAACCUGGUGCCGGUUUUUUUCCGGAAGUGGAUUGUCCAACUGGUUGACAGCGACCCGAAGGUGAGAGCAACGGCUUCCGAGAUGUUGGCGGAGUUGCGCGAUGCAUCGAUCAAGAAGUUCGGGGAGACGCUGCAGGCUAGUGAGUUUCUGUUGCCCGAUUACAACGACGAGCAGGACGAUGUGGAAUUGACAGAGGGCGACGAAAACUCGCGCAUGAGCGUUUUCUCAAGUGCAUCAGCUUCGGCGGUGACAAAAUUGCAGGAGCCCUUGGAUCCCCUGCCAGCCGUUUCGGACAUAGUCAAGAUGUGGCCAUUGCAGGUAGAAUGUUUUGUGAAUAGCAUGUAGUAGUACUCCUAGUCGAGAGACAAAAAACUUCAAGUGGAAGUAGGUACAGUUACGAAUAUGUUGACAGCGAAGAGGUGGCUCAGUGCCGUGCAUUCGAAUUCGUCCGAGCUCGAAAAAAUAAAAAAAAAACCGAAAAACAUCAACAGAGCAAGCGCGGGCCAAAAGGGAAGUUGGUGGAAGGCUGUUUCACAAACAAGGCUACUCCGCUGCAGCAGCAGAAGGCUAAGUCGGUUGCCAAGGAAGUCAUCAAGGGUAUGCAGAAAAUGCAGCGCUUGAAAUAAAAAGCAUUCUUGCUGUAUUCAUGCGACAGCGACUCUGUGUUUCUCAUGAUCAACUAACUGGAUGUUCAACUUUUGUUCUCAACUUUUUCACAACGAUAUCUUUAGCCUUCGGGAAGAACUCUCUUUGUACCUUACCUUUUGUUUCUUUUUUCGAUUCGACACGAAAUUCGAGGGUUUCAUCUCGAAGCCAUUUUUGACACUAAAUCGGGCGGGCAGCACACCUGUUAGUUUUUCAGCAAUAAACCCCAAAAUGAUUUGCGAAGGUCCACUUUACAACUACAAAAAGCGAACGUCAGCGACGCAUCUAGCAGUGAGUUUUCAGGCAACCCGCUUGCGAGAUGUACUCAUCAGCGAAAUUUGGUUUCUAUCGAUCUACCCGAGGACCAUAGGUUUUCUCAUUUUUUCGAUAGGGACCAAGACGACGACGACGACGGAAUGAGUGCGAGAAAUUUGUGCGUAACUCUACGUGCAGAUUGACCAAGUUACUAGACAGCCCCCACUACCAACAGAUACAAAGUAUCUUCGAAAAAGAGCGCCGUGGAUAAACUCUGCGUUGUCAAUGCUCGCUUAAAAACCUUCGCGUUUAUCUAUGGAGCGAAGUGCUCUCCUCUUUCCUGAACUCUCAGAAAACGAACCAGGAUUAUGAUAUCACACGACCACUUUUAUUUACUUCAACCUUCGAGAAAUCCACCCCGGACGUUUCUCGUCUGGGCCCCACGCUGGUUGAUGCGAAAAUUUGAGACUCACUGAGCAAGUUAUUUCGUUUUAUCCUCGUUGAUUCAAUUAGCUUCCUUGAGUUAUCAGCUUCUGCGCUUCAGAUCAAAUCUACGACUAUUUUCGCGACCGCGAAACACCUUUUAUUUUUAUUCAGGUGAUCCUUUGUAUACCUUUCGACGUUGGCCUUGGCAGGGUGAAUUUACGUGAUUUGCUCGAAACGCUGGGCUCCAAACAAAAAAAAGUCUAUACGACGGCACAAAAAAUAGAAAAUGCGGCAGCCG